AUGACUCAAAAAAUUGAGCACGAAUUGAGCAAUCGAUUGCACUAUACCGUUUUAAUUGUGCAUGCUCGGAACAGUACUUACAGCGUCUUGCUAUUGGGUUCUGCUGGGUUCACGCCAGCAGCGCCCAAUCGAGCUACAGCAACGAGACAGGAAGGGUCGGGUGGGAAGGGCCGCCCGUCAACUUCGAGCAAGGCCUUGCCGCAGGACACGCAGGGACCCUCCGCAGCCAGUGGCAGCUCGAAAGGCAGCAAAACACCGACCUCUACGCCGCUCGGUUCCAAGGCCGCCACCAAGAAGGGCCCCGAGAAGCAGAAGUCUGGCCGUGGAGCCCGCUUCAAAUUGUCGUCGGUGAUCAAGGCAUCAUCCAAUUUUCGAGCCCCGCAAACUUACAGAUGCCCAUACUGCCUUUUUCUUGAAACACAGAGGAGCAAGGCAGUAAAGCACAUCCAAGACAACCACGGACAGGCCAUUCAGCGGGAGCGGUACGGCAUGGACGGCGUGCAGGUGCGACUCGAAAACAAUUCGUGCCGUGGAGUGCGGGUCCUCUGCAAGGGGGUGUUUAAGGCCCACACGCGUCGUCUGAAGCCCAGGAUGUCCAAGGAAACGUUCAAGUUUACGCUGGACGUCAUUAAGUGCCUCCUGCUUGAGGCACUUGUCAUUAUCGGCGAAGCUGACGUGUACGAAGAGCUGAAAGUCGACGUGCUUCGGUCGGCGUACAGCAAGCUGCUAGAGGUGUGCGGUAUCUACGAAGAGGAGGAGGAUAGCUCGGACGAGGAGGACGCUCAGCACGUGGGAGACGACGGUGACGACGCCGAAGUCCAUGGCUCCGGUGAUGAGCAGCAGGCCAGUGACGAAGAAGUCUCCUCCGAUGAUGAGCCGGGAAGCGAGGAGCUCUCAGAAGAAGAAUCUGAAUCAGAUGACUGAUCCGAUGUACAGUAUGGUCUAUACCAAUUUGAAAUUCUACUAUUUGUACUUAAUGUGACUUUGUUAUCUGAUCCGAUGUACAGUAUGGUCUAUACCAAUUUGAAAUUCUACUAUUUGUACUUAGUGUGACUUUGUUAUCUGAUCCGAUGUACAGGAUGGUCUAUACCAAUUUGAAAUUCUACUAUUUGUACUUAGUGUGACUUUGUUAUCUGAUCCGAUAUACAGUAUGGUCUAUACCAAAUUGAAAUUCUACUGUAUUUGUACUUAGUGUGACUUUGUUAUCUGAUCCGAUGUACGGUAUGGUCUAUACCAAUUUGAAAUUCUACUAUUUGU